UGGGAGUCGUUGGAGAUUUAAUUGGCAUCCUGUUUUGGUGGCUCGUUCAUCUCUAGAUUGGAUGCCCAGCCGAGUUAAUUCAUUAUACUCCGAUGUUGGGGCUUGGAGCGGCAAAUUUAGGCCUGUUAUGGAUGAAAUAGAAUCAGAUGAAGCAUUAAGAUUUUACCAAUUUCUAAACUAUUUAGAUGGUGGUAGUUUUGGAACAGGUCCCAUAGAUGAGUUUGUAGAUGCUAUGUACAGGUUAGCAAAUUAUAUGAAACAACAAAACAGUCGUGAGACACAAGCUAGAGGAAUGCGAGAACUGGAAGCAAUUAACGGUGAAAAAGGAAACAGCAUUAAAACGGUAUUGGAAGUAAGUACAGUUAUAAUGAGGAAAAAAAGGAAAUUCUUCUGCACUAGUGAAGUCAAGGAACCCAUUGUGAAUAAUAAAGUAAUAUGUAAGGAUAGAAUUUUGUUGCCCAUUGCUGGAACAUCUUGUAGAGAUGCUAUAAUGUAUUGGCAUCCUGACCUUACCGAAGAGCAUUAUUGCGUCGGGGCACUCGAGUCUAAAAGUGCAGUUCACAUUAUGGAUAUUGAAGGUGAAAUGUUUUGCAAGGGAGACGACUAUUCUAAACGAGAGUUUCUGCUUGCGUGUGACUUUUAUGAGGACCAAGAAUCACCCGUAGCAGAUCUGCUGCAAUAUUAUCCUGACCCCGAUCCAGAAAUAAGCCCCAAACUGUUUUAAACAUGUUUUAAA